CCUUCUUCACUGACAUUGACGAUGACGACCCGCUCAGAGCCCAUUUCCAUCGAGUCUCUGCUACAGAAGCAGAAAACAGAAAGGGAAGCUGCGUCGCGGCCUAAAUUUCUGAGCAAAGAAGAACGCGCAAAGGUUGCUAUCGCCAAACGCGCGGCCGAGAUCAAGGAAGAGAGAGAACGGGAAGACCGGAAAAAGUUGGAGAGGGAAAGACUCGAGGAAAAAGCCAGUAGAGAGUCUAGCACACAUGGGAAUGUUAGUGGACGUCGACACGAUGAUAGAAGACGAGAUAGAGAUAGAGACAGAGACAGACGUCCGCCUCCUUCAUCGUCAUCUUCCUACCAGAAUGUUCCAACUGGUCCUCGCGCCGACCGUAGCAAGUCGGCACCCAUCAGUAACUCGACACUGACGCCCUCCUCUACCCCUGCCACCCCUUCUAUGUCUACUACCGAACUUGAAGCCCUACGUACACGCUAUCUGGGUGUCGACAAGAAGAAACGCAAAAUCCGCAAAAUGAAUGACCGUAAAUUUGUGUUUGACUGGGAUGUGCAGGACGACACUGCUGCCUCUGCCUCUCCCCUUCCCUCGCAACAGAGCGCGCAAGUCAUGUUUGGCCGAGGGCACAUAGCUGGGAUGGACGUGGAUGUCCGUGACGUUAGAGAGCGCCGGGCCGUUGUAGAUGAGCGACAUUGGUCAGAAAAGAGUCUCACGGAGAUGAAAGAGAGAGACUGGCGGAUAUUCCGAGAAGAUUUCAGCAUCAGCGCCAGAGGAGGUGGAAUCCCUCACCCUUUGAGAAGCUGGUCAGAGAGUGCUAUUCCUGGUCAGAUCUUGGAUUGUAUCGAGAGGAUUGGAUACAAAGAACCUAGUCCAAUUCAGAGGCAGGCUAUUCCCAUUGGAUUAAUGAACAGAGAUAUUAUUGGUAUCGCAGAGACAGGGUCUGGGAAAACGGCUGCUUUCGUUAUCCCCAUGUUGGCGUUUAUCAGCACCCUUCCCCCGUUCACGGAUGAGAAUCGGCAUCUGGGACCGUAUGCCCUUAUUCUUGCCCCGACACGUGAAUUGGCGCAGCAGAUUGAGAGCGAGACGCGCAAAUUUGCAAGUCCCCUUGAUUAUCGAUGUGUUUCCAUCGUAGGAGGGCGCGCCGUGGAAGAGCAGCAAUUCAAUCUACGGGAAGGUGCUGAGAUCAUUAUUGCAACACCAGGGCGGCUGAAGGAUGUCAUUGAACGGCAUGUAUUGGUCCUGGGGCAAUGCCGCUACGUGGUCAUGGAUGAGGCGGACCGUAUGGUACAUCUGGGUUUUGAGACGGACUUGACUUAUAUUCUGGAUGCGCUGCCGGAGGGCGCAAUGGAUGGUGAGGUUGACAAAAUGGAGAUCGACGACGAAGGUAGCGUUGUCAGGAUAGGUCGGACAAGAGUGACGACGCUAUUUUCGGCCACGAUGCCACCAGCGGUCGAGCGGCUCGCAAGAAAGUAUUUGAAAAGAGCGGCGGUUAUCACAAUCGGUGAGGCAGGCAGAGCAGUUGACACGGUCGAACAAAGAGUUGAAUUCAUCAACGGAGAUGAGAAAAAGAGAUUGAAAUUACUCGAAAUACUGAAUAGCGGCGAGUACGCGUCGCCGAUCAUCGUUUUUGUAAACCAGAAGAAAACGGCAGACAUGGUGGCGAGGGAUCUUCAGAGAGCAAACUGGUGUGCGGCGACGCUUCAUAGCGGUAAGAAUCAAGAACAGCGUGAGGCGGCGCUGCAGUCGUUGCGAAAUGGAGAAAGUGAUGUCCUAGUGGCGACGGAUUUAGCUGGACGAGGUAUUGAUGUCCAGGACGUGAGUCUUGUGAUCAACUACCAGAUGGCCAGCACUAUAGAGGCAUAUGUCCACCGAAUUGGUCGUACUGGUCGAGCGGGCAAGUUGGGGACAGCGAUCACGUUCCUGACAAACGACGACGACGAAGUGAUGUAUGAAUUAAGGCAAGAGAUUGCCAAGAGUCCCGUAAGCAAAGUGCCGAUGGAGCUGGCGAAGCACGAGGCGGCACAACACAAGGUGAGCCGGGAGAUGAAACGGAAGCGAGAGGAGGAGGCCGAGUGACGGCCGGCCGGUAUUAAACCGGAGCAGAAUCGGUCCGAAAUAGUCACGUAAAAUAUAAUGUCAUCAAACUUAGUAAUGAAAACGGAUGCGCAUCGGAC